AAAAUUAUUUUCAAUACAGUCUUGUAACUGAAAUUUUCUUGUAUUGCAGUUCGCUCAAGGUACAAAAGCGGCUUGCCGCUGAGGUAUUAAGGUGUGGCAAGAGGAAAGUUUGGCUUGAUCCUAAUGAAAUAGGAGAAAUCGGCCAGGCCAACUCUCGCCAAAAUAUCAGAAAGCUAGUUAAGGAUGGUCUUAUAAUUAAGAAACCCCCUAAUGUUCACUCCCGUGCCCGCUGCCGCAAGAAGCAGGAGGCCCGACGAAAGGGUCGUCACAUGGGUUUCGGUAAGAGGAAGGGUACUGCUAAUGCACGUAUGCCCCAAAAGGUUCUUUGGAUUCGGCGUAUGAGAGUUCUCCGUCGUAUGUUGAAGAAGUACCGUGAGAACAAGAAAAUCGACAGACAUUUAUAUCAUGAGCUGUACAUGAAGGUCAAGGGUAAUGUCUUCAAAAACAAGAGAGUACUUAUGGAGUACAUUCACAAGAAGAAAGCAGACAAUGCUCGUGCCAAGAUGUUGGCUGACCAGGCUGAGGCCCGCAGAUCUAAGGCUAAGGAAGCCCGCAACAGGCGUAUCGAGCGUGUUGCCCAAAGGAAGGCAGAUGCUCUUAAAGCUAAAGAUGAUGCUGAUCAGUAAAUUUAAUGGUGA